AUGUCAAGCUAUAACAUAUCCUCAACGGGAUCAUAUAUGCAAGCUAUGCAACCAAUGGUUGAAGCAAUGAAUAAAUGGUCUCAAUUACAAGAAUCAAAUCAAAAAUUAAUAAAUAUUGAUAAUGAAAAUGCUAAAUUUACUCCAAUUGAUAAGAUACUACCGAAAUUUAAUGAUAUUCAUAUUGAUUCCUUGUCAAACAUUGUCACAAAUCAAGAUAAAGAUGAUCAUAUACUAAAGAAUUUGGAAAAGGAAUGUUCAAGAGUAAGUUUAGCUAGAGGUCAAGAUGAAGAUGAAAUUUUAACAUUGGUGAAAAAUUUAGUAUCACAUUCAACUGGUGAUGAACAAUUACAAUCUUCAUUAUUUGAUAUCUUGGGAUUUGAAGAAAUUGAUUUAAUAUCAAAUAUAAUACAAAAUAAACAAGUUUUUAAUCAAACUAAUGGAUUAUUAUCAGCUCAAGAGAGGGCUCAAUUAAUUAUAGAUAAUAGAAAUAAAACCAAAAAUCAAGAUAUACUACUGAAGUCAGUAAAUCAAAGAUAUGCUCAUGUUUAUAAAAAUCAAGAUACUAUAAAUUUAGCAGCAGUAACCGGUGGGAAAUUUACAUUACCAAAAGGAACUACAAGAAAUUCAUAUCCAUUAAAUGAAGAAUUAAUUAUACCGUACCCUGAAGAGCUGCCAAAUAAAUGGACCACUUCAAAUCAUUUAAUAAAAUUAAAAGAUAUGGAUUUUCUAUGUCAAGGUACUUUCAAAAACUAUAAAACUUUAAAUAAAAUGCAAAGUUUAGUAUACCCUGUAGCAUAUAAUACUAAUGAAAAUUUGUUGGUAUGUGCACCCACAGGUGCAGGUAAAACAGAUGUCGCAUUAUUAACAAUUUUACAUACAAUACAACAAUUUGUAACAGAAACUGUCAAUGAAGAUAAUGACGUCACUAUAGAUAUAGAUUAUGAUGAAUUUAAAAUAAUUUAUGUUGCACCAUUAAAAGCUUUAGCAGCAGAAAUUGUUGAAAAAUAUUCAAAAAAAUUACAAUGGUUAGGUAUAAAAGUUCGAGAAUUAACUGGUGAUAUGCAAAUGACAAGAAAAGAAAUUACUGAAACUCAAAUUAUUGUAACUACACCUGAAAAAUGGGAUGUUGUAACUAGGAAACUGAAUGGUGAUAGUGAAUUAGUUUCAAAAGUUAAAUUAUUAAUUAUUGAUGAAGUUCAUCUUUUACAUGAAGAUAGAGGGUCAGUUAUUGAAACAUUGGUUGCUAGAACUUUAAGACAAGUUGAAAGUACUCAACUGAUGAUUAGAGUUGUUGGAUUAUCUGCUACUUUACCAAAUUAUAUGGAUGUUGCUGAUUUUUUAGGUGUUAAUAGAAAUGUGGGGAUGUUUUAUUUUGAUCAAUCAUUUAGACCAAUACCUUUACAACAACAAAUUUUAGGUGUUAGAGGUAAAACUGGUUCCAAAACAGCAAGAGAAAAUUUAGAUAAAGUAUCAUAUGCAAAAUUAUCUGAAUAUUUAGAUCAAGGACUACAAAUUAUGGUAUUUGUUCAUUCACGUAAAGAAACAGUUAAAACAGCAAGAACUUUUAUACAAAUGGCUCAAGAUCAUAAUGAAUUAGAUUUAUUUGAUUGUUCAGAAAAUCCAUCUUAUGAAAAAUUUAAAAGAGAAGCAUCACAAAAGAAUAGAUCUAAGGAGUUAAGAGAGUUGUUUCCACAUGGUUUUGGUACUCAUCAUGCUGGUAUGUUACGUAGUGAUAGAAACCUAACGGAGAAAAUGUUUGAAUCAGGAGCAAUUAAAGUAUUAUGUUGUACAUCAACAUUAGCUUGGGGUGUCAAUUUACCUGCGGCUGUGGUCAUAGUGAAAGGAACUCAAGUUUAUAACUCAAAAGCAGGUGGAUUUACUGAUUUAGGUAUAUCAGAUGUUAUUCAAAUUUUUGGUAGAGCAGGUAGACCACAAUAUGAAAAAUUUGGUGUUGGUAUAUUAUGUACUACAAGUGAUAGAAUGGAUCAUUAUAUUUCAUUACUUACUCAACAACAUCCAAUUGAAUCAAAACUUAAGGAAAAAUUAAUUGACAAUUUAAAUGCAGAAAUUUCAUUAGGUACUGUAACUAAUGUAGAUGAAGGUGUUCAAUGGUUAGGUUAUACUUAUAUGAUUACUAGAAUGAAAAAAAAUCCAUUUGCUUAUGCUAUGUCAUGGCAAGAAAUUCAAGAAGAUCCAACUUUAGUUAAUAGAAGAAGAGAAAUGAUUGUACUGUGUGCUAAAAGAUUACAUUUAUUACAAAUGAUUAUAUUUGAUGAAGAAACUGGUACUUUAGUGCCUAAAGAUUUAGGUAGAAUAGCAUCAGAUUUUUAUUUACUUACUAAUUCAGUUGAAAUUUUUAAUCAAAUGGUGAAUCCAUUAGCUACAGAAGCUGAUAUUUUAUCAAUGAUAAGUAUGAGUAGUGAAUUUGAUUCAAUAAAGUUUAGAGAAGAAGAAGCAAAAGAAUUGAAACAAUUACUUGAAGAUGAUUCACCUUGUCAAAUUGCAGCAGAUGUUGAUUCACCACCUGGAAAGACAAAUAUCUUAUUACAAGCAUUUAUAUCACAAGCUAAUAUUAAAGAAUCAGCAUUAGUUUCUGAUUCGAAUUAUGUAGCUCAAAAUUCAGCAAGAAUUUGUAGAGCAUUAUUUUUAAUUGCAAUGAAUCGUAAAUGGGGGAAAUUAAUGGAAAUUAUGUUAUCAUUAUGUAAAUCAAUAGAUAAAAGAAUUUGGUCAUUUGAACAUCCAAUGAGUCAAUUUGAUUUACCAGAACCUAUUUUAAGAAAUAUAAAGGGGAAAAAUCCAUCAAUGGAAACUUUAAGAGAUAUGAGUGCUGGAGAAUUAGGAGAUUUAGUUCAUAAUAAACUGAUGGGUUCAACAUUAUAUAAAUUAAUUGGUAAAUUCCCCUAUAUUGAAAUUGAUUCUGAAAUUUUUCCUAUCAUGACUAACGUAAUGAGAAUUCAUAUUAAUUUAACACCUGAUUUUGUUUGGGAUGAAAGGUAUCAUGGACAAGCACAAAUAUUUUGGUUAACAGUUGAAGAAUCAGAUAAACUGAAUAUUUUACAUGUUGAAAAAUUUAUCUUAAAUAAGAGACAAUUAAAUAAUCCUCAUGAAUUAGAUUUUAUGAUCCCAUUAAGUGAUCCAUUACCACCACAAGUUAUUGUUAAAUUAGUAUCCGAUUUAUGGAUUGGAUGUGAAACUGUUCAUGCAGUAUCUUUUCAACACCUUAUUAGACCACAAAAUGAAACUAUGAAAACUGAAUUGUUACGAUUACAACCAUUACCAGUUGAAGCUUUACACAAUAAAGAAAUUGAAAAAAUAUAUUCAUCAAAAUUUAAAUAUUUCAAUCCGAUGCAAACAAUGAUUUUCCAUUCAUUAUAUAAUACUAAUGAAAGUUCAUUUGUUGGAUCACCUACAGGUUCAGGUAAAACAGUAGUGGCAGAAUUAGCAAUAUGGCAUGCUUUUAAUCAAUUCCCGGGUUCAAAAAUAGUUUAUAUUGCUCCAAUGAAAGCAUUAGUUAGGGAAAGAGUAGAUGAUUGGAAGAAAAGAAUUUGUGCAAAUACAAAUCAUAAAUUAGUUGAAUUAACUGGUGAUUCAUUACCAAGUAUUCAUGAAGUUAAAGAAGCUGAUAUAAUAAUCACAACACCUGAAAAAUUCGAUGGUAUAUCACGUAAUUGGCAAACUCGUAAAUUUGUUCAACAAGUAUCAUUAGUAAUUAUGGAUGAAAUUCAUUUGUUAGCAAGUGAUAGAGGUCCAAUUUUAGAAAUGAUUGUUAGUAGAAUGAAUUAUAUAUCAUCACAAACCAAAAAACCAAUUAGAUUAUUAGGUAUGUCUACUGCAGUUUCAAAUGCUUUUGAUAUGGCUGGUUGGUUAGGUGUUAAAAAUGGAUUAUUUAAUUUUCCUCAAUCUGUUAGACCAGUGCCAUUACAAAUGUAUAUUGAUGGGUUUCCUGAUAAUUUAGCAUUUUGUCCAUUAAUGAAAACAAUGAAUAAACCUGCUUUUAUGGCUAUUAAACAACAUUCACCUACAAAACCAGUUUUAAUUUUUGUAGCUUCAAGAAGACAAACUAGAUUAACUGCUUUAGAUUUAAUACAUUUAUGUGGUAUGGAAUCUGAUCCAAGACGCUUCCUAAAGAUGGAUGAAUUUGAAUUAGAAGAUGUUUUAAAUAAAGUUAAAGAUGAAACUUUAAAAUUAUCUUUACAAUUUGGUAUGGGAUUACAUCAUGCAGGUUUAGUCGAAUCAGAUAGAUCAAUAUCACAUAAAUUAUUUGAACAAGGUAAAAUUCAAGUAUUAAUUGCAACUUCAACAUUAGCUUGGGGAGUUAAUUUACCUGCACAUUUAGUAAUAAUAAAAGGUACACAAUUUUUCGAUGCUAAAAUUGAAGGAUAUAGAGAUAUGGAUUUAACUGAUAUUUUACAAAUGAUGGGUAGAGCAGGUAGACCAGCUUUUGAUACUAGUGGUAUUGCAAUAGUUUAUACAAAGGAAUCCAAAAAGAUAUUUUAUAAACAUUUUUUAAAUUUAGGAUUCCCUGUUGAAUCUUCAUUACAUAAAGUUUUAGAUAAUCAUAUUGGUGCAGAAAUUUCAUCAGGUACUAUAACUACAAGACAAGAAGCUAUGGAUUUUUUAACUUGGACUUUUUUGUAUAGAAGAGCACAUAAUAAUCCAACAUAUUAUGGAAUUGAAGAUGUUUCUGAAUAUGGAAUUUCAAAAUAUUUGGCAGGUUUAAUUGAUACAACUAUUGAUAGUUUAAUUGAAUCGAAAUGUGUUCAUACUAAAGGUGAUGAAUUGAUAGCUACUCCAUUUUUACAUAUUUCUUCAUAUUAUUAUUUAUCUCAUUUGACAAUGAGAAAUUUUGUUAACAAGAUAAACCCCAAUUUUGAAUUCAGAAAUUGUUUACAAUUGCUUUGUGAAGCUACUGAAUAUAAUGAAUUAGCAACACGUCAUGGAGAAGAACUUAUAAAUUUAGAAUUAUCUUUAGCUAUGAGAUAUUCUGCUAAUGAUUUAGAAUGUGAAUUUAUUUGGGAUCCUCAUGUUAAAGCAUAUUUAUUAAUUCAAGCAUUUAUUAGUAGAAUUGAAUUACCAAUUGCUGAUUAUUCUCAAGAUACUGUUUCUGUGUUGGAUCAAUCAUUACGUAUAUUACAAGCUUUCAUUGAUGGUGCUGCUGAAAUGGGUUAUUAUAAGGCUGUCUUGUCAUUUAUUGAAUUAAUGCAAUGUAUUAAACAAAGAAUAUGGUAUGAUGAUGAUCCAAUCUCGGCAUUACCUGGAUUAAAUAUUGUUACAAAACAAGAUAGUCCAUAUAAAUUAACAUUAAAUCAAUUAGGUGAAUUAAAAACCGGUCAAUUAUAUAAAUUUAUUGAAAAAUUUGAUAUACCUGAACAAAAUCAAAAAGAAUUUAUUAAAAUUGCAUCUCAUUUACCAACAGGAGAAUUUAAAAUUAAACAAGAUAAACAAGAAUCAAUUAAAGUUGAAAUUUUACAUAAUAAUUAUCCAUUAAAUGAUGAAUUUAAAGUAUAUUGUCCAAAUUUCCCUAAACCACAAAGAGAAUCUUGGUUUAUUAUAAUACAUGAUGAAAAAGAAUUGUUAUUAUUGAAAAGAGCAUCACCAAGAUUGGUUAAUAAAAAAGGUAUUGUAUCUUGUGAAUUAGAAGUACCUGAUGAAUUAUUUGGUAAAGAAGUUACAAUUACUUGUAUUAAUGAUGGAAUGGAUAUAAAAUAUAGUAAAGUAUAUACAUUAUUAUAA